AUGCUCUUCGCACGCCUCCUAACAGCAGCAACCACCCCCCUCCUGGCCGCGGCGCAGAACAACAUGCUCCGGUUCGCGUGCUCGCAGCUGGUCGUGGACCGCGUCGACCCGCUCGUGAACCCGGGGAUGCGGUACACGCCGCACCUGCACCAGAUCGUGGGCGGCGACUCGUUCAACGUGACCAUGGAGCCCGUCGCGCACGACCUCGCCGCCCGCUCCAGCUGCACCUCGUGCUCGUUCCGCGAGGACCUGUCCAACUACUGGACCGCCGUCCUGUUCUUCCAGCACCGCAACGGGAGCUUCAGGCGCGUGCCCCAGGUCGGCAACGGCGGGCCGCAGGGGAAGCUGGUCAACGACGGCGGAUUGGAUGUUUAUUACAUGCCGAGCGGGAAGGUUACGGCUUUUAAGAAGGGGUUUAGG